GUGAACUUGAAGUGCCGACUGAAUUCAGGGCCGCUUAUGAAGAUGGCUGCGCCGCGACUGUUGAACGUGAAUGUGGGAGUGCUGGGGCAUGUGGACUCUGGGAAGACCUCGCUUGCCAAGGCCAUGAGCACGGUGUCGUCCACUGCCGCGUUUGACAAGCAUCCACAGAGCAAGGAACGUGGUAUCACCCUGGACCUCGGGUUUUCCUCCCUUCUCAUUCCGACCCCGGACAACCUCAAAGAGUACACGAAGGAGGAGCAGGUGCAGCUGACGCUGGUGGACUGUCCCGGCCAUGCGUCCCUCAUCAAGACGAUCAUCGGUGGUGCCCAGAUCAUCGACGUCAUGCUCCUCGUCAUCGAUGUCACCAAAGGCAUCCAAACACAGACUGCAGAGUGCAUCGUCAUUGGCGAAAUCACCUGCGAGCGCCUGGUGAUUGCGCUGAACAAGAUUGACCUGCUGCCACCAGACAAGCGUCAGGCCAAGAUUGACAAGAUGAUUCAGAAACUCAAGAAGACGUUCCAACACACCAAGUUCACGGACCCGCCAAUAGUGCCCGUCUCCGCCGCUGGCUGCACUGGCGAUGGCACCCCCACGGGCGUUGCGGCGCUGCUGUCGGCCAUAUCCGCUGCUGUGCAGCUCAAGUCCCGCAACGCCGCAGGCCCACUCGUCUUUGCCGUCGACCACUGCUUCGGCAUCAAGGGCCAGGGCACGAUCAUGACGGGCACGGUGCUGUCGGGCUCCGUUCAUGUCGGCGACGAGGUCGAGCUGCCAGCAUACAAGGAAGUGCGGAAGGUCAAGUCAAUGCAGAUGUUCCGGAAACCCGUGGAGGCCGCGCAGCAGGGCGACAGGCUCGGCCUGUGCGUGACGCAAUUUGACCCAAAGUUAAUGGAGAGGGGCGUGGUCUGCUCGCCAGGCGCCAUGCCGCCCAUGAAACUGUUUCUUGCGUCAGUGCAGCGCAUUUCGUUUUACCGGCAGGCGAUUCGGUCCAGAGACAAAUUCCACAUCUCCAUCGGCCACCAGACCGUCACCGCCUCCAUCCUCGCCCUCUUCUCCCCGCUCGACACAACACGCCCAGUGUCCGGCAUUGAUGAUGAUGACGACGGCUUCGACUACGAUCAGGAGUUUGAGUACAACGACGAAUGGGACACAUCGACCAACCGCAUGCUGUGUGUGCUUGAACUGCAGAGCGAGAUUUGCGCGCGGCCAAACUCGCUGUUCAUCGGCUCACGACUCGACACGGACAUACACGCAAACACGUGCCGGCUGGCGUUCUCUGGGCGGGUGCGCCGCUCAUGCACAGAACGCGAGAGAGAUGAAUUCCUCAAACACACGCGCGUGUGCAAACUCAAACACAGGCACGGCGUUGUCGACAGGAUGCAAGAUGAGCGGACGCUGGUGUGCGACGGGUUCUUCAAGAAGGGCGCCACGAUGGACGCGUUCCUUGGCCGCCGCGUACAGCUGAGCACAGGGGAGGAGGCAGAUAUCACGGGCGCUUUCGGCAAGAGCGGCAAGUUCAAGGUGGCGGUGGUUGGCGAUGGGCUGAAGGACACGACGGUAGCGCGGCUGCAGGCUGCUGCUGACAGGAAGAAGGCGAGGAAGAAGGCUGCCAAGGGCAAGGCGCCAACAGCAACAGUUGCAACAACCCGUGCUGGUGGUGAUGGUGGUGGUGAUGGAGACGAGGAUGAGGGCCCCAUUGGGGUGACGCUGACGUUCAAACGGAUGGUCUUUGACAAGGAAGCGUCCAUGGUCCAAUGACACACGCGUGUGUUGUGUUGUGUUGUGUUGUGACGCGUUGUGUUGUGUGUUGUGUUGUGUUGUGUGUGUGCGCGCGCUAUUGGCUGGGUUGUAGGGCUGCUGUGUUCAUUGUUGUUGUCAAUUAAUACAAGGACAGAGAUGGAGA